AGGUUGUAAAUGUAGCGAAAUACGUGGUCUUGACACUGSUGUUGUUAAAUAAAUUGCAAAGUAGGCAAAAAGAGCAGUGCUUMCAAGGCUAUAGCAUUUGAUUUGGAUGGGUUCCCUGUGCAUAUUCGGGUUCCUUUGCCGAGGAAGUGGACAUAGCGACAAUGAAGUUAGACCAACUUUUUAGUAUAAAUUCUUAAUUAUAACUUACUAGAGCUGAACGGUUGACAUCAUAGUUUGUUGCACAUGUUCCGAUCAAGUGUAGUGAGAUGGAAUUUUCAAAUUUCGCGCCUCCACGUUUCUCAACACCACUUGUUUUCCUGUCGCCUCCUGAGCUCUUCUUCAAAUCGCCACGCACCAGUUUUGAACUGGAUGUUUGGUUCAAAAGUUGACGUUCCUAUCCCAAAAAAAGUACAAUUCAAUCAAGAAGUGCAUGGAUGUGUGUUCAAGGAUAAUUUUGCUUGGCUUAAAGAUGGAAAUGCAAAGGAUGUCCAGGAAUAUGUAAAAGAUGAAAACAGGUAUGCUCAUCAUUGCUUGGAGGAUACAACAUUUUUUCAAAAGAUUCUUAAAAGGGAGAUGAAACAUUGGUUACCGCUGUGCCAUGAGUUGGAAUCAGUUCCUGAGAGAAUUGAUAACUACUUUUACUACAUCAAAAGUCCUCCAGAAGGUGACGACAGAUUGCCUGUAAUUUGUAGAAGAGCAUUUUUCAAAA